GCUGGAGCGGAGAGGCAAGGGGUCUUGAGAAGCAAUGGCCACAGAAGCCCCUGUGAAUAGAGCCCUCCCUGAAUGCAGCCCUGUCAUCAGCACAGCAGCCGACCGCUUCAUUUGGCAGCCAGACUCGCCGAACAUGCACGUCAUAAGGCCCAAGUCCGCCAAGGGACGGACUCGGCCGCGGCUACACAGACCCCAGGACGCAGGGGUGUGCUCUCACCGCACACCUCCUUCUCCGCCUCCAGCCGUUCCCUGCGAGUCGCCAAGCAGCCAGAAGCCAGGAGCCUGUGCGCCCAGGUCCCCAAACCAGGGCGCUCCCCUUGAGGUCCCCGAGCUGCUGCAGCAGGUGCCCAUGGGCGCUUCCUCCUCCCUCAAUAAGUACCCGGUCCUUCCUUCCAUCAACAGGAAGACCCUGGGGGAGGGGGCAGUGGAAACAGUAGCUGAAAGGGCCGGCUCCCUGCAUCUGAGCAGCAUCCAGGCUCUUUACCAGGAGGAGACCUGCACCAUGGAGACCAGCCAGGAAGAUUCCAGAGCUCCAGCUCGUUUCCCGGAGAGGAAGCUCGUCGUCCAAACCAGGAGGCCGAGCUCCCCUGGGGCUGGAGACCUGGAGGAACCAUCAGAUCAAGAGCCGAGGCUGCUGCUGGCCGUCCGAUCCCCGUCAGGCCGCAGGUUCGUGCGCCACUUCCGGCCAACGGAUGACUUACAGACCAUCGUGGCCGUGGCCGAGCACAAGAACAAGGCCACCUACCGACACUGCAGCAUUGAAACGAUGGAGGUGCCCAGGAGACGUUUCUCCGACCUCACAAAGUCUCUGCAGGAGUGCAGGAUCCCGCACAAGUCGGUGCUGGGCAUCUCACAGGGAGACGGGGAGCAGUGGGUCUGAGUCCACAGCCACCCAGCUGGGGUCCCGGGUCUCUGAGCAAGGAGCCUGCUCAGGUGCCAGGGCCUCCUGGGGGCAGGUGGUUCCAAGUGCCACAUGAGCCUGGUGCGGCGAUGAUUCUCAGGACUCUCGUCUUCAGAGCAUCUCCUUUUAAGCAGAGAAAUCUGCACCUGCACCAAGGGCACCGAGAAGAUUCCCUCCUGGUUGUUAGAUUCUCCCCACCCUUGGAGUGAACUGGUCAGCGGCCGGGGCGCUCCCUGCAACAGCUGUGGCCAGGCCUUCUCCCUCCCAGCAUUUUGGGACCUUCCUGGAGCAUCUG